UCAAAGAUGGCGUCUUUCGAGAAGGCUAAGAAGUCUUAUCAGAAGUUUCAUAAAGAAAGGGGACAGUUGAAAAGCAGAAAGAAGUAUGGUCUUCUUGAAAAGCAUAAAGAUUAUGUCUUGCGUGCAAGAGACUAUCACAAAAAGCAAGAUCAUCUCAAACUUCUGAGAGAGAAAGCAUUAAACAAGAAUCCAGAUGAAUUUUACUUCAAGAUGAUCAGCAGCAAAACCAAGGAUGGAAUCCACCAUGCAAAGAGAGGAAAGACACACACUGCUAAGGCUCUGAAGCACAUGAAAACACAGGACCUGAACUAUGUUAGUUCUAAAAGAUCCAUGGAAGCAAAGAAAAUAGAAAAACUUCAAGCUAGUCUUCAUUUGUUGGAAGAUGACAAUGUAUGUCCUGUGAAUCAGCAUGUAGUUUUUGUGGACAGUGAAAAAGAAGCUCAGUCUUUUGAUGCUGCUGCACAUUUUGACACUGUGCCAGAACUUGUGUCAAGAACAUACAACAGGCCCAGAAAGGAAACACUAAAAAGACAUCUCGUGCAGACUCCAGAUGACCACACUGUUCAGAGACUUGAAAAACAAAGGCAUCGUUGUUACGAAGAGUUAAGAGAACGAAUUGAACGGGAGAGCAAAUUGCAAAAGGUCACUGAGGAACUGGAGCUUCAGAAGCACCUUAUGGGCAAAGGCAGACGAGUGAAAAUACAGAAAGAUGAAAAAUCUACACCAGUUUACAGAUGGAAGAGAGAAAGAAAAAGAUAGCACGAAUUCUUGACUCAUUGUAGUUACUAAAUAAAGAAUCUUUGUUACAUGAAAAA